AUGUCUAGCCAUGCUACAGUUGGACAAGAAAUUGCCCACCUCAAAGCUAUUGAUGCUGACAGUGGAUUAAAUGGGGAAAUCGAGUACACCAUAAUCAAGGGUAAUGAGCACGAUUUUUUUGCUUUGGAUAGUGCAUCUGGCACGCUCUAUCUCGCAAAGCAACUUUUAAAUAACCCUAAGCCUCCAAUUGCCGAUCACAAUGAAACGACACAAAUAAAUAUGCCAACUCAGAAUGGAUCUUCUCCACAAUCAUUCAUCUUGGCUCUCAAGGCAUCCGAUAAGGGAACAACACCUCGAAGCAAUACAACAAUACUUAAAAUCGACGUCAUACAGAAUCACCGAGGUGAUAGAAGCAAUUCUCUAAACAAUCCGAACAAAGGUACUGGUCGACAUACUGGAAACCCCAUAGCAGGAGGUGGAUUCGGUAUGAUAGGCGAUAGAGACCUGAUUAUAAUCACGGCAAUGAUUGUGAUUGCACUUAUCAUCUCAUUUGUUCUGAUUGCCGCGAUUGUGCUUUUGAGAUGCCGGCAACCUAGAGCAAGUAGGAACAACAACGGGAUGCAUGGGAGGAAUAGCAGCGGAGGUGAAAGAGGACGAUUGGUGAGACGAUUCGAGGUUUUAAACUGCCUCGGAAGGGCGGAAGGAACGUUCGACGGCAAAAAUGUGCAAUCAAAUGCCUUCAUUAUCACAGAUACCGAAAGAAAUCCAAACUUUGAAGAACACAUUCACAGUCCACCCUACGAUUCAAACAAUAGUAAGAGUAUAGAGUUUUAUGGAUCUAUUAUUACCCUUUUAAUGAGAUGA